AUGGGAAAUAAACGACCACAUCAAGACACCGAGUCUUCGGGCCACGGCUUUGAGAACGCCGCGAGAAAGCGACUAAGAACCAACCGCCCGCAUAAACCAAAGCCUGCGGCCGUCGACCUUGACAGCCUCAGUGCGAUCAAGAAGCGUGCUAGGGCGAUCGAGAGACUACUCACGCGGGACAACUUGAAGAUUCCGGCAAACAAACAGGGCGACCUUGAGCGAGAAUUGGCGGCACACAAGCGGCGCAUUGAAGAUGCGCGGAUGAAGAAGGAUAGAAGCCACAUGAUACACAAGUACCACAUGGUUCGGUUUUUUGAAAGGAAAAAGGCAAUGCGAUUUGCCAAGCAGCUCGAAAAGAAGGUUGCGCAAGCGACGGACCCCGAGGAAGUUGCCCAGCUCAAAGCCGACCUUCAUGUUGCGCAGGUCGACAUCGACUACGCGAUAUACUUUCCCUUCAUGGAGCCCUACAUCAGCCUGUACGCUGCGGCCGCAGCGGGAGAGAAGGAGGAGAUAAACAAGGCGGUGUUAUAUCUGCGUACGCCGCGGCCGCCCAUGUGGACUGUUGUUGAGAAGACGAGGGAGGACGGCCAGGCAGCGCUCGAGAGGUUGCAGAAUAGGCGGCCGCAGACGGAUUCGAGUUUGGAGGCUACCCAGCAACCAGUACAGGACGAUGUCGCAGGGAAACAACACUCGGCAAAGAAGGGGAGAAAGGGAGCCCAACAGCCCGGUGCGAAGACGUCAAAACCAGAGCCAAACCAGAAGAAGGGGCAGGCUAGGAAGCCGAAAGACAAGGAAGAGGAGAGCGAUGAUGGUGGUUUCUUCGAAGAGGAUUAA